UCCUCAUCUAAGUUGUUUCGUGUGGAGUAAGUGUCAGAAUGGGACGUAUUUUAUUGAUAUAUGCUGUUUUACUGGUGUGUUCGUGUCAGAUUGAAGGCUCCAGUGCUGGGAGUCCUGUAUUUGUGCAGAAGGGGAAGGAUUUACUGCUGGAGGUCAUGGAACCUGAUGUACCUGAGAAUUUUAGCCUUCUUUCAUGGACAUUCAAUGGAAAAGACGUUCUAGUAAGAUUUGUACCUGGUAAAGAACCAAUAGUCUCUAAUGUUGUUUACACUGGAAGGGUUGAGGCUUCUGUGAAAAAUUUCUCUGUGAAACUGAAGAAUCUACAAGAGGCAGACAGUGGAGUUUAUACUGCACGAGUGAUUGGGACUGAAGAAGAACAAAUACUAGCUGGAUACAACGUCACAGUUCAAGAUCCAGUGUCUCCAGUUGCCAUGACAGUAGACUCUGUGUCCAGCAGCUCAGACUCCUGUAGCCUCACUGUGACCUGCAGCACACAGGACUCACAUCACAUCAACAGCACCUUUACAUGUGACACCAACACCUGCAGUCAGGGGGGAGGAGAGAGGUCAAAGGUCAUAUCCUCUGGUGCCACUCUCAAUGUCUACCUGCUGAAUGACUUAAUCAUCUGUAACCAUAGCAACCACAUCAGCUGGACCAACGACAGUAAAAUAAUUGAUCAUUUUUGUCCCAGACACACUGAUCCUGAAAGAACCCAUGUCCAUAGUAUUUGGGUUUUGAUCAUAAUUGCCAUAGCAGGUGGUUCUGCUGCUGCUGUUUGUUAUCGAAAAAUAAGAAAAGGUAAAAGAGAGAACAUGGAAAAUACAGUGUAUGCAUUUCCUGAGGUUGAAAACGGCCGACCUGUGAAUCAGAGUCCAACCAAUGAUGCAACCACCACCUACGCCACGGUAGGGUCUCACACUGGACCCAUGGGAUCCACUGAGACCAGAGGCAAUACUCUGCCAGAAAGCCCGUAUGCUGAGGUUGGAACAACCCAACCUCAUGAGCAGAGUCCAAGCAGUGAUGCUUCAGGUCUUCCUCCAAACUCCACCUACGCCUUGGUAGGGUCUCCCUCUGGACCCAUGGGAUCCACUGAGACCAGAGGUAAUACUCUGCCAGAAAGCCUGUAUGCUGAGGUAGAUAAGCCUUCCAGGGCCUGAAAAAAAAAUCAGGAAUUGUUAUUGUGUUUUCUGAGGGAAUUGUUGAUCAUUUGGACUGAUGUUUGAAGUGGGAGAGCCUCAUGAUGAGCCAAGCUGUAGAAGAGCGCCAACGUUGAGUCAUGUGACAUUUCUGUGGGAAAAAGGAGAAGGAUUUGUACUCCUGAAACUAAGGGAAUUUUAAAUUGCUCCUCCCACUGCAACUCUAUAUCUAUCUCUUAUAUUUAUAUCUAAUUGUUUAUUAUUGAAAAUAUGUGUAUUAUUGUUUCAAUUAUUUCCCAGUAAGACACAUAUAGUUUUAUACUUGUUUCUAAAGACUUGAAUUAACCUUUUCUUUUUGAUGAAACAUGAAACAAAUUAUUAAAAGAAAAUACUUUUUCUGAUUUGUAGGAUGUAGUUGUUGUUGUAAAGAUAUUAAAAGAAUACUCCACUGAAAAUACAACUUUUCAGAAUCAAAUACUUGCUCCUUGUAAAAAGCCGCUCUGCAAAGUUGGUAUAUGUUCUGAACUUAUGGAUCAAUGGUUGUAUAUGUCACAUAUAGUGAGUUCAACUCAAAGAUGUUACUCCUAGAGUCAAGUGUAUGUUUUAAGUUUCUGUGUCAUAUUUUGUUGUGCAUUCAGUGUAUCAAGUUUGUUUCCUAUAACAAAGAUUAAAACAAGCUUAAAGUAUUGGGAAUUAUCAAUGUUUUGAUCAAAUGAACAUGGAAUUCACCAAACGGAUGUGUGCAAUCUUUUCAAGGAUAUUGUAAAUAUGACUUCAUGCAUUUUUACAUAUAGUGUAUUAAUGAAAGUUAUAUUAUUUGUAAUUUUUUCAAGAAAACAACAUCCGCAAACAUUUUUUACAGGGGAAUCUCUUUACAAUCAUUUUAUUUACAUAAUGAGAUUAUUGAAUAUCGGGUAUAAUCAAUGGAUAAUCAAGAAUAAUUUGCAUUUGUAUUGAAUAUUAAAAGUUUUUUUUGCAAAGAAACAACAUUUACAUUAACAGUCAUAUAUUGUGAGUAUCCUUGAUGCCUUAGAAAUGCUUUGCAUGCAUUUUAAAGGCUGAUCAAAUAAAACCCUGAAUUGUU